AUGUCAGAGAAGGAGCUUGUUGAUCUGUGCCGUCAAUAUUUUGAUGCUAAACAAUCAAAUGACUCCUUGAAAGAUAUCAUGACCUUUUUUUCGAAAUUAAUCAAUGCUAAGCAAAUGAUUGAUAUUACACCACGGCUUAGGAAGUAUAUUCCGCGUUUAGUUGGUGUUCAAGAUGGUGUAUUACUAUCUUUUCUUACUUCUACUAUCAAUGGUUUGUCUCCUCAAGAUUAUGUUCCAACUUUAAAUCUUCAAACUAAUUUAUUAAAUCCGAAAGAACCAACGAAAUCACUUUCAGCACGUGCGCCACGUGGAAACAGACCACAAUCUUCAGAUUAUAGCUCAACUGUUGUUCCGAGACUUAAUUUACAAAAAAUUGAUUGCGUAGAUGACCUUGAGGUUACACAAAUUACAGUUCCUAAAACAUCCAGACCAAUUCCAAACGCUAAAACACUUAUUACAUCAAGAACAUCAAAAAGAAAUUCAAUAAUUCCAUAUUUACAACCUUUACCACCUCUUGAACAGAAAGAAGACUCAAUUCUUCCACAUUUAUACGUAUCACGCGAUCCUCAAUUCUAUAUCGGUAAAAAAGUAUCAGAAGAAUCACACGAAUAUCAUAUCAUUCCUCCAUCGUAUCCAGAGCAUUUAAUUGGCGAUAAAUUUACAGUUCUUACAUCAACAGGUGUAGUUAAGAUCGAUAAGACAGGUGGAACCGUUCAAGAUGUCGAUCAAUUUAUUCUUGAUAAUGAAAACACAGUAAUUGUCGAAAAUCAAAUGAUUAGCAAACGCAUGGCAUACAGAUCAUUCUAUCAUUGGAGAAUGAGACUCAGGGAAGUCAUUUUCGAUAAGAAAAUCGCGACUUUUGAUCAACAUUUCGCAAUUUCAAUACCAAUCUUCCAAAAAGCGAUGGAUAAGAUACGCCAAGAUGUUUUCCUAGCAACAAACGAUGCAGUUGUAUAUCCAGGACAGUUCGAUAUCGGUAAUGAUGAAGCAUCAUUCAAAUCUCUUCAGCAAGUUGCCAACCAAUCAAUAUUUGACAUAGAUAGAAAGAUUCAGCAACUCAAAGAAGAGGUCGGCAUGCAGAUAUCAGAGUCAUUCCGUAUAAUUAGAGCGGCAAAUGUAUUAAUCCAACUGGGUUUUGAUGAACUUAACUCAUUAAAUCAGUUACCUCCCUCAUUAAAACAGUUUUCUAGUGACCUUAAGUGGAGAGUUCCUUCAUUAUGGAGAGAAAAAAUGAGAGAAAAUAUGUUGAAUUACGAAAGGAAACUUGCAAGAGACAGACAGGUGUUUUUAUCAACAUUCUUCUCCAAAGUUAGAAUCAACUACAACGGAAUUCUCAUCCUAAAGUGUAAGGAAAUGCUUAUGGGUUAUUUGGACCGUUUCCUCGCUGAACCAAAAAACCGUCGUAAACCUCACAAAAUUGUUGCCGAAUUCAAUGAAGUGAGUGGACUGAUUACGAUUACACCAACUAAAGCGGAAUUUACUCAAUGGUUCUCAAAUACAUUGAAUGCCAUCAAAUCUGCCUUUUUCCAGAAUUUGGAAAAAAUUUGGUCGGAUAUUAUCCUCGAAGCUGAUCCAAACUACGAGUAUACCAUCGAGAAUCCAUUCGAAGUUCUCGAGAGAUACCAAGAUUUCACAGAUGAUAGGUCAGAAGCUUUAGAUUCAAUAACUGAUGCAUUUAAUUUCUUUGAAAACGAAAUUAGUCAUCAGCAAACAUUCUUCACAACAAUGAUGACCAAACUCAAUGAAGCUUCCAAGUUCGAUGACCUCAGAAACAUUGACAAACUCGAGAUUCUUUUGCAUAAUUUGCAAAAAUCAAGAGAAGACAUGUCAAAACGACCAAAGAACAUUUUCCAUAAGGCAAAGAACGCUCCUGAAGGCAUGAGUGAUUUCAUAGUUUCAUUCUCUGGUGCUGUAGACUCAAUCAUUAACUACUACAACAGGGAAUGCAACAAUUUGAAGAUGAGAGUUCUCAACGAAUUAAAUGUUUUGUUUUCCGAAAUCCAAGACAAAUGGAGUGCUGUCAAAGACACAAAGAUCACAAGAUUGGAUGCAAGAUCUCUUGAAGCAAAGACACUCCAGUAUUCUUUGCUUUGUGAUUCGUUUUGCGGAUUCUGGACUGACGCGUUUAGUGACGUCAAAGCAUCAUUUGACACAGUCAUGAAGAUGUACAGACAACUCUCUGAUAAAUGCAGAUACACACAUGCAGGAGCUGCAAAACACUUCAACAAAGUUGCAGAGACACUUGGAUUGGGCGGUGUUCCUCUAGUUGAAGAAGAAGAGGAAGAGGAAUAUUACGAGGAAGAAACAGAAUACGAAGAUUAUAGUGAUGACUAA